UUCGCUUUCAGUACAGUUGUGAAUCAGCGGCCCGAUGUAAAGACAAGCGGACAAGUCAAGUGCACAGGUUUGGGGGACCCUAAAAGAAAGGGAACCUGACCAAGGGAUCCCAAUAUAAAGAGUAGGAAAACAGAAUGUGCAGGGAGCAGUGGAGUGAGUGGAGGUGCUUCGUGUAAGACUGAGCGGAUAAGGUGCCCAACAAGAGACGGGGGCUUCUGCACUAAAGAGGGGAAACUCAUUAGAAAACAAACAUAAGUGCACGUGACGGAGCCCCCAAUGGAUCUCGUUUUGUUUUACCUGAUGACAUCUAUGAUCCUAGGAAUUUCAGAUCAGUUUCAUGUUCAGACUCAAGACAAGGUGCUGACAGCAGCAGUAGGAUCAGAUGUUGUGCUGCCCUGUACUCUCUCCCCACCUUCCAGUGCUGUUGGAUUGGAGGUGCGCUGGUUUCACACAGUGUUUCACUCAGUUGUCUACCUGCUAAAAGAUGGACGGGAGGACAGAGAACAACAAAAAUCAGAGUAUCAUGAUAGGGCCUUUCUGAAAUCUGGGCCCCUGACAGGCAACCUGGCACUUUCACUGCUCAAUGUUCGUCUUUCUGAUGCUGGCACCUACCACUGCUUUGUAGAGAACAGAACUAUUGGAAUUUCUGAAGAAGCUGUAAUUGAACUCAGUGUCAAUGGUCUUGGCUCUCCACCACUUGUUAAAGUCUCUCUUCAAGGUAGCUCAGUUCAGCUCUCCUGCGUCUCCUCUAGUUGGUAUCCGGCUCCUGAAAUCACCUGGAAAAGAGAUGAUGGAAACAUUGUUCGUUCGGAAAUCAAAACAGAGAAGAAUCCAAAUGAUGGAUUAAUCAGUAUAACAAGUGAUAUUAUUCUAAAAAACUUCACUACAGAAAACUUCUUCUGCGAAGUGAUGCAUCCUGCCACAGGAAAAGAGCAACGGUCUCACAUUAUGGUCUCAGAAUCCGUGUUUCCACAUGUUUCCAAAUGGGUUACUGCCUUCAUCUUGCUCCUGGUGUGUUUCCUUGCUAUAAUAGCCGUGGCUGCUUGGAAGUUCUAUAUUUACCGCAAAAAAAAAGCGCCUCAGAAAGAUGAAAUUGAAUGGAGAAAAGUUUCUGCUCAUAAAGAAUCCGUUCUUUUUGACCCGUUUAUGGCUUCUUCUCAUCUGACCUUCUCUCCGGAUUACUGUCUUACUGAAGCAAAGGAAAGUCCGUCAAAUGACAAAGAUGGCCUUGUGCUUGCUCAGCCGUGCUUUGAUGGUGGCAGGCAUUACUGGGAGACAGUAGUGCACAAAGGAAGUGAUGGAGCAGAGUGGUUACUGGGAGUGGCAAAACAUGCCAGAGAUUCCAAGGACAUACAGAUACUGUCCGCUGUUGGAUUUGGUCAUAAAAAAUCAGAUUUCAGUAUCCAGUGUCCGAGAGUUAUACUAGUGGGUACUUUCAUAAACAUUGAGGAGGCCACUGUAUCAUAUUAUGAUGCAAACACAUUUAAGCUGCUGCAUGAAGCCAAAAAUAUGGACAUCAAAGGUGUCUCUCCGUUUUACUAUGUAGGAAAGGGGAUUAAAUUUAUAUUGAAUCCUGAUCCUUGUAAAAUAUAUACAGAUACCCCAUAAACCACAGUGAUCACUUGAUCUUGUGAUUCAAAUAUCAUACAAUAUCAUGAAAAUUUUGCCUCAAGACGUUAUCAGUUUAAAUGAAUGCUAACCAUUCUUUAAUAUUCAUAUUGCCGGGCUUUAUCUGUCACUUUCUAUCAGACAAUUUUUGUUUCCUGGCUCUUCCUAUAAUAUUCCUUAUUUGCUGUAAAUCAUAGAUAAUCUUCAUUAGGGGUCAUAUAUUGUUCUCUGGGACACAAGUGCUAGAUCGCAAAGGGGUGCAAGAGUGCACCCUGUCUCUUUGAAAACAUCCAAAACUGUCCAGCCAUCUCAUUCUAAUCUGAGGUGCAUGCGUUUGAAAAUGUCUACCUUCUCUUUGCAGGUAUAGCCGUGAUUUACAGACCUUCCUCUGCUUUCUUUAUUUUUCUCUCUGACUUUCAAUCCUGACACUUUGCGCACUGACAACCCUGCAUUUAUCUGAGGCAAUUUAAAUGGCCCCAAAGGCUUUGUUUUUGUGCACUGGUAGUGCAUAGGACUUAUGGGGCUAUGUCUCAAUCACUGUAAAUUGAAGCACUUAUUACCCUCCUAAUAUUGUAAUUUGUACAGGGCUGUACAUAUUUCUAAAAAUUUAGAACUUUAUCUUUAAUGCAACUGCAUAAUUUGCAUACAGUUAUUUGUGGUUUUAAUGCAUUUUUACUGCUAUAUUUAUGUAUGUAAUGAUUGAAUAUACCGUCUUGCAUAUACAUAGUGCUGUAUAAAUAAAAAUCUACAUACAUACUACAUACAAAUGUGGCUCUCUUUUUAUUUUUUUUUAUU